GCGGCGAAGGGAGGCGGUAAAAAAAAAAAAAAAACAGCAGCACGCGAGGCCGCGAGCGCCUCUCCAUUUCGAACCAAAGGGGGGAAAGGAAAACAAUCCAGCACCGUCUUCCUGUGGUCUCCUCGCCAAACCCUAGCGCCCGCGCCCGCGCCCCUGGUCCUCCGCCCCCACCACCGUCGCCGUCGCGGUCGGGCGCCCCCUAUGGCGAAGUCGCGGCCGCCCAAGCGGAUCCUCGAGUCCUAUACCAUCAAGGGCUCGGACAAAGUCAUCAAGCCUGGUGAUUGCGUGCUAAUGAGGGCCUCUGAUGCAUCAAAGCCACCUUAUGUGGCAAGAGUUGAGGCAAUUGAGGCAGCAGGAUCUCGAGGUACCAAUGUGAGAGUACGAGUGCGGUGGUAUUAUCGACCAGAGGAGUCCAUAGGUGGUCGGCGGCCAUUUCAUGGUUCCAAGGAGGUCUUCCUCUCUGACCACUAUGAUGUACAAAGUGCUGACACCAUUGAGGGGAAAUGCAAUGUCCACAGCUUCCGUAGCUAUACAAAGCUUGAUUCUGUCAAUGCUGAGGAUUUCUUCUGCCGCUUUGAAUAUAAAUCAGCUACUGGCAGCUUCGUACCAGAUCGCAUAGCAGUGUUUUGCAAGUGUGAGAUGCCAUACAAUCCAGAUGAUCUUAUGAUCCAGUGUGAGGAAUGUUCUGACUGGUUUCACCCUGCUUGCAUUGGGAUGACAAUCAAAGAAGCAAAGAAACUAGAGCAUUUUUUCUGCCAGACCUGUACAGCUGAAAAUGGGAAGAUGGUUGAGAAUUCACAUGAAGCUACAGCGCAAUCGGAAGAAAAGCCGGUGGAGUCAAAAAGGCGGCGAAGGUGAUGGCCCUGCUGAUUAAAUCCAUGCUGGGUUGUACAAAGCCUUCCCAAGUUUGAGAACCUGUAAUUUUAUUGUUCGUCGCAGUUUGUGGUUCAGGGGUCCCCCUCUAAUGUCAGGCACACAGUGUACAUAGCUUGCAACCUGAUCAGAUUGUUGUAUUAGAGCAUACUAGGAUUUGUGUGGUGGUAGCAUCGGCAGUCGGACUAUUGGAGUAUAUGUAGAGUUGUAUGGCAUCGUAAUGCCAGCAGCAUCAGGUGAUCAAGCUUCCUCUGGGCAUUAGGACUCCUGCAUAUGAUCGAUCCAGCAAUAAUAAUACUUCCAUGCAGCUGCAGCUGGACCUGGCUAGUCAGUCACUAGUAAGUUGUCAGGAAAAACUUUUGUAUUGUCAUGUGAACCUUUUCUGAAAUCCUGUGUAAUGCAAGCAUCUUAGUGUGGUACUUGCAAAACUGUUGCAUGAAAUUGGACACCCACCCUGGCCCAUUGGCUGUGGUUGCGUAUUUGCGUCAGUCGGCAUUGUGUUUUAAGUUUGGAUGAAUGAACAAUAAUAAAGUUCAAAGUUUUAAGCCAA